ACCACGCGCGAGAAACUCGAGAACAGCCUCGUUGUAAAGAUCCCGCAUGUCUCACACAAAAAUGGCGGAAGCGACAGGCGAAUUUGACGUUGGAGUAGGUGCAAUGAAAAGCGAAACAGUCGCGGUUAUUCCUGGAUUGGGGGACUUACCAGUCUCUGGUAAUCAAGUAUUAAAACGGAGCAAUCAGUCAGGAAACGAAAGUAGUCACACACCGCCGUGGGAAGACAGCGACGACCCUAUGCGAGCAGAAGACCAACCGGACUCUUGGUCGCCGCCGCGAGCGAAGAAGAGAAGGCGAUCGACCAAGCGAAAAAGCGACUCUCUUGGAGUAAGGGAGGCGAAAAAUCCUUUGAUGCAACUGAACGAAAUACGGCCUGGUCUUACUUAUAAUAUUACUGUUAAAGGCGGUCAAACACAUUGUCCUGUGUUCUUUGUUUCCGUGAAUGUUGAUGGAAAUACCUUCGAAGGACAAGGCUCAAGUAAACAGAAAGCGAAGCACAAUGCAGCCGAGAACGUUUUAAAGUCUUUCAUUACUCAGAUCCGUUCACCAGUCCAUCAGCUGAUCACAGGAACUCGCGACGUUACCACAGACUUUACUUCCGAUAACACUGGAUCACUUCUAAACACUUUUGGUAAUAGCGAUCAACCGAUGGAGGAUGCAAGUAUGAAUUCAAUUGAAUCUUCACUUCCUCCCCUGGGUGUUACGAAAACCCUAAAGGUGCAAACUGAAGCCGGAAAGCAUCCAGUUUCGCUUUUAAAUGAAUUUCACCCGGGGCUUAAUUACGAGUUUCUCGGUGAAGAGGGAGAACCAAAUGCGAAGCAAUUCAAAUUUAAAGUAACUAUCAAUGGCCAAGAUUUCUCAGGACACGGUAGCAGUAAAAAGAAAGGCAAGGCUAAUGUUGCAUCUAAAGCACUUUUUGCAUUGUACAACAUCCGCACCUUCUAUGCAUUUGGCCAAUCAGAAGCAAGGCUACAACCUGCAUACUUAGAACCUCCACCAUCAGCUCAACUGGAGCAGGUUGCAGCAGAUCUUAUCGCUGAUGCCGUUCUCGCCAAAUUUCAGAGUCUGCAGCCAACUGCAGGGGAACCAAUAAGACGCAAAGUUUUGGCUAGCAUUGUUAUGACAAGUCGAGGUGACAGUGAACAAAAAUUUGAGGUCAUUAGCCUUGGAACUGGAACCAAGUUUAUAAGUGGAGAGUACAUCAGUGACCAGGGACUAGCAGUGAAUGAUUGCCAUGGGGAAAUAAUUGCUAGAAGAUCCUUUUUGCGAUUUUUGUACUCACAGCUUGAGCUGUGUGCUGAGGGAUAUGAGGAGGAGUCCAUAUUUGAGAAAAAAAAGAGUGGAUUAUUUGGUGUGAGAGAUAAUGUUGAAUUCCACUUGUACAUCAAUACAUCACCUUGUGGUGAUGCUCGUGUUUUUUCACCACAUGAGCCUAUCAUGGGUGAAUCUGACAAGCAUCCUGGAAGAAGAAAAAGAGGACUUCUCCGAGUGAAGCUUGAAAACGGAGAAGGUAAUUUUUCUUUAGGUUAUUGUGAUCUUGAGAGUGUUAAGUUCAAGGAGAGAGUCAUUAACUCCUUAACUCCCAUGAGUGUCUAAGAUAGAGUUUCUCCACAGAAUAUUAAUACAAUAUUCACAGACAAGUGACGAGAAUAAAGAGAAAUAUCAAUAAAAGGAUUACUAGUUGAUUCAAUGCCAAAUUCUCCAAACUAACAUCAUAAGAAUUGUAUGACAGACAGUAAGGAGAAUUACUAAUGAGAUCUUGGGAGUGAAAGGGUUAAGUGACCACAAACACAACUGCUGUUACAAUUGCCAAAACAUUUUUUCAUCCUCCUUAUCCAUGCUGGUGAUGAUAACAUUUGAGUUAUUGAUUGACAGUUGGUAUUGUCAAGGAAAUUAAGUGUUGCAAUAAAAUCAUACAAGAGUAGUUGGUGAACUUUUUUCUUGCAAUCAAAACUGCAGUUUUUGAGCUUGCCUGAGAUGGAAUUUUACUGAACUUGCAGCGAAUGGAAAAACUUCACAUGUCAUGUCACAUGGAUGAUGUUGGGCAAAAAAAAAAAAAAACCAAAGCAUACUCUGACUUCCUUUAACUAAAAUAUGGUUUGUGGUGAAUAUACAGUUACUAGUUAAAAUACAUAAAUAUUUCUUACUUUUUUAUCCAGUUGGAAAACUGCUUUUUUUUACCUUAUCAGGUACUAUUCCUGCAAUGAAAGCUGACACAACCAUCCAAACUUGGGAUGGUGUCCUCCAAGGGGAGAGGCUCCGCACCAUGUCUUGUUCAGACAAAGUCUGCCGCUGGAAUAUACUUGGGGUGCAAGGAGCACUGCUUAGUCACUUUUUGGAACCAAUAUAUCUACAGUCAGUUGUUCUUGGUAGCUUGUACCAUUACGAGCACAUGUCAAGAGCCAUGUAUCAUCGUCUAGGUGAUCUAGAAGGGUUGCCUCCUCUCUUCAAACAGAAUCGUCCACUUAUGAAUGGAACAAGUACCCCAGAGCCACGGGCAACAGUGAAGUCACCAAACAUUAGUGUUAAUUGGAGCGAAGGAGACCAGGGCUUUGAAAUUGUAAAUGCUACAAAAGGAGUGAUUGGAGAUGGACAGGCUGUGUCAAGGCUCUGUAAACAAAGUUUAUUCAAACGUUUCAUCAUGCUGUGGAAGAAACUAAGACCAGCAAUUGCAGGGCCAUUGUCAUACCAUGGCGCCAAGGCUGCAGCUGGUCAGUAUCAAGCAGCUAAAAUGAUUGUGAUGAAAGGAUUUGAAAGCCAAGGCCUUGGUUCAUGGAUUAGGAAGCCUGUGGAACAAGACAUGUUUGAACUCUCUGAGGAGGAUCUCUAAACUGAGCAGGUGGAAGUCAAGUUAUUGCAAAUGUUUCAGAAAGGUAGAAUCAGUGUUUAGUGAAAGUAAGUACUUCUUGUACAGAACAUGGUAUUUCUUACCUAACACUUUCAAUUCUCUUCCUAAUUAGAAAUUACUUAAACUUCAAAAUGAUUGGAGUUUGUACCUUAUAGAUUCAGGUUUUAAAGGGAUUAUGAACACAGCAGAAAGGAAAUAUUUUACUAAGAUCCAUUUUUGGAUGUAUUUAGAUGCAGCACUUAGUAAAGAUCUUGGUUAUUUGGACACUCAAGUGACAUUACAGUUAUCAUCAAGAAUGUGAAGUUUCAUUUUCAUCUGUUUCAUCAGAAUGCCUUUUUAUCUGAAAAGAUCAGAUAAGUUUGCGCAGGCAUCAAAUCUGGUUAUCUUCUUGGAAAAAGUUACAUAUAGGCAAUCCUUUAUAAAGUCAGUUAAGGUGCUUAAAUAACUCCCCGUAAAUUAAGCAUGUUCAUAGCUUAUAGUGAUGUAACCAUUUUAUAUCCAAAUAUCUUAUUCAUUAUCUUUCAUGUUUGUACAGGAUGUAAACUUGGAAACUUGGUCUAAAGGGACCGAUGACUUAUAGCUAUUUAUAAAACUAUAAAAAACUGUAGAGUUUAUGUAGUUGGAUCAAAAAUUGUUAUUUUUGCUGUUUUCUUUUUCCUAAUUUAUUAACCUUGCCCAGAAUAUUUUCACUGACAUUAAUUUUAGGUUGUGACUUCUCCAAUGACUUCAGCUAUUACAAACAAUAAAAACUGUAGUUUUUAUAGUUUGAU